AUGAAAGACCUGCAGCUUGCUCUCUGCCCCGGCUGCGACCGGCACCUCGAGAUCGACGGUACCGCGAGCGCGACUCAAGACGCGCUUGAACUUAUCAGAGACGGCAAUACUCCUUCCGAAGAUUCGUGCGUCGAGCUUAACCGCGCCGCUCACGAAGCCGAGCUGCAGGCUGCCGACCUGGACCGCGAGAUCAAGCGGCUGCGCGCGCUGUCUCGGGGCCUUCAGGCUCAUCGGGAGCGGCUUCUUGGGUUUGCCCGUCAAAAGCGAGCACUUGCGGCCCCCAUUCGACGACUUCCAGUCGAGAUACUCGAGGACAUCUUCAUGCACGUCUGCACAAAUGUUUGUCUCGACCAAUGGCGAUCCGUCGUGGCGAACUACGAGGCGCAACUGUGGAAAGUAGAAGACGUCUAUGUCGACCUCGAUUCGAUAUCGUAUCGUGUUCAGUGGUUGGAAUUGGUCGAGCAGGCACGCGAAUUCCGCUCUGUCGUUGUGCAAGUCCUUCAACGAUCUGCGGAAACCCCUUUUUCGAUGGAGCUGGAUUGCACGAGUCUGGACAUAGCAAACGACUGGCUAUUGGAAGACGAAGUGUACGAGUCACUCCUCAAGGCGAUCACUAGUAGCGUGUCGCGCUGGCGUAAUUGCGUCAUUCCAGACUUCCUCUUGCACCAUGUGGUAAAGAAAGGGUAUGACUCGUGUGAAGCCCUGGAGAGCCUCACCGUCACCGAAAUCAUCAGCCCCGGCGCCGAUUUUACCUUCGAGAAAGCCCCGCUUCUGACCGAAUGGGUCCAUCACGGGAAGGGCACCUCCGUAUACCCUAGCUCGCAGAUCUUAUCGCAGCUCACGUACUUGAAGACUGAUCAUUUUGAGGACACCAACUUCAUAUACGACAUCUUCACCGAGUCGAAGACAUUGGAAUCUCUCGACAUGGUACAUCUCGACGUCUACAGUGAGGGCUUCCUCCCCAACCUGCCAGAGGUCGCGCUGCUUCCACGCCUUCGCCACUUCUCCCUCGUCUUCACUGAUCUUCGAUUCCUGAUCAGCCUUCUCCAAGCUCUUGCCACGCCUCGGCUGGAGAACCUCACGCUCGAGCUUGACUCCAAAAACAGCCUGAGGGGAGGUCCUGCGGCAGGCGAGUGGGCAUGGCCGGACGCGGAUUUCGGCCAGUACCUGGAGCGCUCGUCGUGCACGCUGUCUCGCCUUGGCCUGGUCAAUAUCGGGAUUACGGAUGAACAAGAGAGUAGACUGCGCGCCCAUUCGUCCAUCGGCGAGGUUGUCAGCAUACCAAAGAGUGAAUCUGACGCGUAGCUUGAGCAGAGCCCAGCAAGACAAGACCGCUUUGUCUUCGUGAGCAUUCU